AUGGGGAACCAGGAUGGGAAGCUCAAGCGCAGCGCAGGGGAUGCCGCGCACGAAGGCGGCGGCGGCGGCGGCGGCGCGGAGGAUGCUGCCGGGCCCCGGGAGGCGGACGCCGCCAGGAAGGGGAGCGGGAGCAAGAAGGCCUCGGGCAGGCACGGCCGGGGCGGCGGCGGCGGCGAGCCCGGCAAGCGGAAGGGCAAGUCGGACUCCCGGGGCUCCGUGUUUUCCAACCUCAGGAUCCGGAAGAACCUGUCCAAGGGGAAGGGCGCCGGCGGCUCCCGCGAGGACGUGCUGGGCGCGCAGGCCCCGCCGGGCGCGGAGCUGGACAGCGCUCCCUCCCUCGCCACCAAGACGCCCGACCUCAGCCUCUCGGCGGACGACACGGGCCUGUCGGACACCGAGGGCGCCGACCCCUUCGAGGUGACCCGUGCCGGGGGCCCCGCGCGGGCGGAGGCCGGGGCCGGGGCCCGGGAGGCGGCGGAGGAUGGGGACGCCGCGGCCGGGGCGCAGGAUGGACAAAGGACCAGCUCGGGCUCGGACACGGACAUCUACAGCUUCCACUCGGCCGCGGAGCAGGAGGACCUGCUCUCCGACAUCCAGCAGGCCAUCCGCCUGCAGCACCUCCAGGGCGCGCAGGGGUCCGCGGGCCCCCCCCCCGCCGCCGCCGCCGCCGCCGCCACCUCCCCGGAGCCCGGGGCCUUCCUGGGCCUGGACCGGUUCCUGCUGGGCCCGAGCGGCGGCGCCGGCGGGGUCUCCGGCGGCCCCGACGCGGAGCCGGCGCUGUCUGCGCUCUCGGACCUGCCCGCGCGCCCGCCCCCCGCGCCCCCGGCGCCCCAGCCUCCGCCGCCCCCCAGCGGCCGCCGGGACUCGGAGGCGCCGGGCCUGCCGGGGGCUCCGGCCGCGGACUCGCCCGCGCCCACCACCGCCUUCCCGUUCCCCGAGGCCGGAGCCGGGCAGGGCGCGGCCGGAGCCCCCGCGCCCAGGGCUGGGGACACGGACGAGGACGGCGAGGAGGAUGCUUUUGAGGACGCUUCCCGAGGCUCCCCGGGCGAGGAGUGGGGCCUGGCGGCGGGAGAGGCCCCGCGGGGACCCGGCGCAGAGCUGGGGGAGGGGGCGCCAGGGCCCGGCGCCCCCGCGGCCGCCCCCCCGCCCGGCAGCCCGGCGCCCAGCCCGCGCUCCUGCAAGCCCUACCCGCCCGUCACCCCGUCCUACGUCCGGACCACCACGCGGCAGCUCAGCUCGCCCAGCCACUCGCCGUCCGAGUCCCCGACGCAGAGCCCCCGGAUCCAGAGGCGGCUGGAGGCCCCCCUGAGCCGCGGACCCCGAGCCGCCUGCGCCCCCGCGGCCGCCCCGGCCAGGACGCACGGCGCCGACGGCGGCCUCUCGGGGGGCCUGAGCCGCUCCGCCGACUGGACGGAGGAGCUGGGCGCCCGCGCGCCCCCACCCGGGCCGGGAGGCUCCGCGCACCUGCCGGAGCGCACGGCGGCGGACGGAGGGGCGCCUCCUCCCGCGCGGGGACCCCCGGCGUCCGGGGCGCAGGCGGCCGCCGACGGCUUCCAGAACGUGUUCACGGGGCGGACGCUGCUGGAGAAGCUGUUCAGCCAGCAGGAGAACGGCCCCCCCGAAGAGGCAGAGAAGUUCUGCUCCCGGAUCAUCGCCAUGGGCCUCCUCCUCCCUUUCAGCGACUGCUUCCGGGAGCCGUGUCACCAGAACGCCCCGACGAGCUCAGCUCCGUUCGAUCAAGAUCAGCUCUACACCUGGGCUGCCGUUAGUCAGCCCACGCACUCCCUGGACUACAUGGAAGGGCGGUUUCCCCGGCGAGCCCCCUCGGCGUGGUCACCCCCCGACGCCCCCGAUGAGGAGCCCAGGCCCCAGGACGCCGAGCCAGAAUCUCAGCCUGCUGUUUUGGAAACUCUGAAAAAUUGCUCAGAUGCUGUUCAGCAGGAAGUUACACACCUUGGGUCUGAGGGACAGGCCACUGUAAUUCAGCAGCUGGAGCAGACCAUUGAGGAUCUGAGGACCAAAAUCGCUGAACUAGAGAAGCAGUACCCCGCCAUGGACGUGGAGGCGGCCGGCGGCCGCCUUGGGGUUCAGAACGGAGAGGCACCCUCGGACGAUGUUUGUCUCGCAGCUCUCGGGUUAGGAGAAGAGCAUGGCCGGCACCAGAGGAUUUUACAGGCCAAGUCCAUCCAGACGUCCCCGGUCGAGGAGGGCGGGCCACCCCCCCUGCCUCCUGCCACGACACUGCCAGAGGGCCCCUCCCGGCCACCAGGGCCCGCAGGUGGAGGCUCCGCGGGGCCGUCCUCACCUUCUGGACCUCAGACAAAAUUCUGCUCAGAGAUUUCUCUGAUGGUGUCUCCAAGGCACAUAGUGCAGCUGGACGCCCAUCAGCCCGUGCAGCCUCCACCGCCUCCACCCCUGCCCUGGGCUGAGGGUCAAGGCCAGGCCAGGCCACAGUCUUCCCAGCCUUCUCUUCAGCCUGAGUUGGACACCUGCCACGAACAGUCUGUUUUACCGCCCUCUGGACACAGCGUCAGCAUCCCGCCCCCACCACCUCUGCCUUGCACAGCGUCUUCCGGCUCCACGUUUGGGGUGGGCAUGGUGGCUCCCUCCCCUCCACCACCCAGUACACCUCCUUCUAUGCCUAGUACACAAAUGCUGCCGCCCCCUCCCCCACCUUUGCCUGGUCAAGAAAUACCUCCUCCCCCUCCUCUUCCUGGGGUGGGAAUACCCCCUCCCCCACCUCUUCCUGGAGUGGGAAUACCCCCUCCCCCUCCUCUUCCUGGAGUGGGAAUACCCCCUCCCCCUCCUCUUCCUGGAGUGGGAAUACCCCCACCCCCACCUCUUCCUGGGGUGGGAAUACCCCCUCCCCCUCCUCUUCCUGGAGUGGGAAUACCCCCUCCCCCUCCUCUUCCUGGAGUGGGAAUGCCCCCUCCCCCACCUCUUCCUGGUGUGGGAAUACCCCCUCCCCCUCCUCUUCCUGGGGUGGGAAUACCCCCUCCCCCUCCUCUUCCUGGGGUGGGAAUACCCCCUCCCCCUCCUCUUCCUGGAGUGGGAAUACCCCCUCCCCCACCUCUUCCUGGGGUGGGAAUACCCCCUCCCCCUCCUCUUCCUGGGGUGGGAAUACCCCCUCCCCCUCCUCUUCCUGGGGUGGGAAUACCCCCUCCCCCACCUCUUCCUGGGGUGGGAAUACCCCCUCCCCCUCCUCUUCCUGGGGUGGGAAUACCCCCUCCCCCUCCUCUUCCUGGAGUGGGAAUACCUCCUCCCCCACCUCUUCCUGGGGUGGGAAUACCCCCUCCCCCACCUCUGCCUGGACUUGGGGUUCCCCCACCUCCUCCUUUGCCAGGUGUGGGUAUUCCACCUGCUCCAGCUCCCCCGCCCGGUCCUGGAACUGGCAUCCCCGCAGCCCCACCGCCACCUGCUCUGCUUCCUGGCCCUGGCCCUCCACUCCCCCCACAAGCCGGGGGUAGCACUUUACCCACACCACACGCGUGCGGAUUUCUUCCCCCGCCGCUGCCAACCGGCUGGUUUGGAUUGGGGAUGAGCCAGGACAAAGGGAGUAGGAAGCAGCCCAUAGAGCCUUGCCGGCCCAUGAAGCCUCUGUACUGGACGAGAAUUCAGCUGCACAGUAAAAGAGACUCUGGUGCUGCGCUGAUCUGGGAAAAAAUUGAAGAGCCGUCCAUAGAUUGCCACGAAUUUGAGGAGCUGUUUUCCAAAACCGCCGUCAAGGAAAGGAAGAAGCCGAUUUCUGACACCAUCACGAAGACCAAGGCUAAGCAAGUUGUCAAGUUAUUAAGCAACAAAAGGUCGCAAGCGGUUGGAAUAUUAAUGUCUAGCCUUCACUUGGAUAUGAAAGACAUACAACAUGCUGUUGUGAACUUGGACAAUUCUGUGGUUGAUCUGGAGACCCUUCAAGCUCUUUAUGAGAAUAGAGCACAGUCAGAUGAGCUGGAAAAGAUUGAAAAGCAUGGCCGGUCCUCCAAAGACAAGGAAAGUGCCAAGUCCCUGGACAAGCCUGAACAGUUCCUGUAUGAGCUGUCCCUCAUCCCCAACUUCUCCGAGCGAGUCUUUUGCAUCCUGUUCCAGGCCACGUUUACGGAAAGCAUUGGCUCGAUCCGUCGCAAGCUUGAGUUGCUGCAGAAGUUGUGUGAGACGUUGAAGAAUGGGCCCGGCGUUCUGCGGGUGCUGGGUCUGGUCCUGGCCUUCGGCAACUACAUGAAUGGCGGGAACAAGACUCGGGGACAGGCCGAUGGGUUUGGGUUAGACAUUCUUCCGAAGCUGAAAGACGUCAAGAGCAGUGACAAUAGCAGAAGCCUUUUGUCAUAUAUCGUGUCCUAUUAUCUUCGAAAUUUUGAUGAGGACGCCGGGAAGGAGCAGUGUGUUUUUCCGCUACCCGAACCCCAGGACCUGUUUCAGGCCUCGCAGAUGAAGUUUGAGGAUUUCCAGAAAGAUCUCAGAAAACUAAAGAAAGACCUGAAAGCCUGUGAGGUGGAGGCGGGGAAGGUGUACCAGGUGUCCUCCGAGGAGCACAUCCAGCCCUUCAAGGAGAACAUGGAGCGGUUCAUCAUCCAAGCUAAAAUUGACCAAGAGGCAGAGGAGAAUUCACUAACAGAGACUCAUAAAUGGUUUUUAGAGACCACGGCCUACUUCUUCAUGAAACCAAAACUUGGAGAGAAGGAGGUGUCCCCGAAUGUUUUUUUCAGCAUCUGGCAUGAGUUCAGCUCUGACUUUAAAGACUUUUGGAAGAAGGAGAACAAACUUAUUCUACAAGAGAGAGUAAAAGAAGCUGAAGAGGUGUGUAGGCAGAAAAAGGGCAAGUCGCUUUAUAAAAUAAAGCCGAGACACGACUCCGGGAUUAAAGCAAAGAUCAGCAUGAAAACCUGA